AUGUUUUCGAUCGCUUCUCCCGCCUCUCCCGCCGCCGCGGUCGCCACUCCCAGAACCCCUCGGUACAGGCGCAGCGUCUCCGCCUCCGCAGCCAUGGUCAGCGCUCCGGUGCAGACCGCCAACAUGUACGAUCUGCUCUCCGUGUCCCACACCGCGGGGACCGACGAGAUACGGAGCGCCUACCGGCGGCUGGCCCUGCUCUGGCACCCGGACGCGUGCCGCUCCGCGGGGGAGGAGCGCCGCUACGCGGAGCGCUUCAUGGAGGCGCGCGAGGCCUACGAGGUGCUCUCCGACCCCGUCCGCCGCCGCAACUACGACCUCUCCCUCUCCGGGGACCGCUGGGCCGCCGCCGUCGGCGCCGCCCCGGCCUUCCGCGAGGGCCGCGCUCGCAGGCAGGAUGCUGGAGUCACUGCGUUCGGGAACUGGGACCUGCAGCUCGACGGGCUCCGGAGGAGGUCCGCCGUGGCGGAGACCGGCGAGGAGGAGACCUGGGGCAGCCGCUUGCGCCGCGCCCGCGCCGCCCGCAACGCCGAGCAGUUCGUUUGA